CUAUUUCAUUCUUAUUGUGACAGGGAGCUUAUUGUAGGGAUGGUACUCGCAUGUCUGUCUGAAUUAAUAUGUGCGAAGCGGAAAUGAAGAUAUAAUCAUUUCCUCCGUAAUUAUCAACUACAGCAGUCAUCAAGGGUUGUAUUUUGGAUCACUUUCUACAAACUUAUGAUGUGAUCUGUAAAGAAAUAUGUAUUUUUUUAGAACAAUGCUUCAGGGAACUAACUACAUGCAGUUUUCAAGUAAGAAGGUGAAAUGUGAAAAUAUUUCUUCGUAGUAAUGAAAGACUUUUAAAAGCAUAUAAUGUGGACUCGUAGUGUUAUUUUACCAUGGAUAUUAUUUAUUUUCAUUUAUCGGAGUGUUCUUUGUCAAGAACUCCCCAAACUGAACCCAUUGUCUUUACCAGAAUCUUUAUCUAUUAAUUCUCGAGCAAGGCUGCUAUGUGUAGCUUCUUCGGGAGAUCAGCCUAUUGAUUUUCAAUGGCUGAAAGAUGGUGUACUUUUAUCAUAUGGGAAAAUUGAACAAUUAGAUGAAUGGACAUCUUCUCUUACAAUUAAUCCUUUGAGCUUAGAACAUAUUGGGAAUUAUACAUGUAAAGCUUCCAACAGUUUUGGAACGAAUUAUGUUACUUCUCCCUUAUUUGUUACUGCUCCCCCACGAUGGGUUAUCGAGCCUACUAAUCUGCAGAUUCGAGCAGGAAAGAGCGCAAUUCUACAUUGUAGUGCAGAAGGCUCACCUAAAGUAAAGAUUUCUUGGAAGAGAAAGUCAGAAUCUCAGCAAAAUCUUGUAAGUGUCCUUUCUGGUGACAAUUUUCGUGUAUAUGAGAAUGGAAGUCUAUUAAUAUCCAAUGCACAAAAAUCGAAAAGUGGAACAUAUGAGUGCGAAGCAUUUAAUGGCAUUGGAAGUGGACUGCAAAAACGAAUAGAGUUGAUUGUAUUUGAAUCUCCCACUGUUGAGCGAAUUGUUGACCAUGUCAUUGUCGAACGAGGUCAGACUGCUUAUUUGUCUUGUUUGGCAAGAGGUGAUCCACCAUUGUCAUUUGAGUGGUUGAGAGAUCAUAGGUCAUUAAGUGAUAGACCUGGAGUAUCUGAAAGGAUAUCAUUUUCUGAAUUGCCUAGCUUAGAAAAUACCCAAUUUACUAUUGCCAUUAUUAACGCCAAGCCAACUGAUGAAGGUUUAUAUUCAUGCUUAGCAAGAAAUGAGUUUGGAUCUGAUGAGAAAGAUGUCCGGCUUAUGCUUGUUGAACGACCAAAGCCUCCUCAAUUUGUUGAGGUAGCUGAUAUUUGGAGCAGUAGUGUUCGUAUUAAAUGGCGUCCUGCUGACAAUGGAAAUAGUCCCAUUCUAAGUUACACUGUGGAAUACUGGAGAAAUCCAGGUGGUCAUUGGAAUAUAACUGUUUCAAGUUCAUCUACAACAGCCAUUCUAAGAGGUUUGAAACCUUUUACAACUUACAGCUUUCAUAUUUGGGCUAGUAAUAGUGUUGGAGAUAGUGAUCCUUCUCAACAAGGCCAAUUUACAACUGCCAAAGAAGAACCCUCUGCUACACCUGUAAAUGUUAAAGUGGAAGAUAAGGGAUCAAAGUUUGUUAGAAUAUCAUGGGAGCCUCCACCUCAAGCAGAAUGGAAUGGAGAAUUACUUGGCUACUAUGUUGGUUACAAACAAAAAACAUCAGAUCUGCCUUAUACUUUCAACACUGUUGAAGCUGAUGAAACAAAUUCUUAUCAUUAUAUGUUGAGGGGUUUACGCCCUGGCACUGAGUAUUUGAUAACUGUCCGUGCAUUUAAUGAAGUCGGAAGUGGCCCUUCUAGUGAAGACAUUUUGAUCCGAACACAUGAUAAAGAAUCUUUACCUCAUCCAACACUUCUUAUACAAGAUAUUGGCUCCACCUUCAUUCAAGUGAAAUGGAAUACAGUUGAUGAAUUUAAAUCAUCUAUAUCAGGCUAUACCAUUCACUAUCGUAAAAAUGGAAAUAAGUGGAAUGAAAUAUCCAUUCCAGAUGCUUAUCAGCAUGCUUAUACACUCACUAAUUUAGAUCCUGCUGUACCUUAUCAGAUUUAUGUGACAUCUCAUGGCUAUACCGGAGUGAGUGAACCUAGUGAAAUUGCCACUAUUCGCACUUCCCCAGAAGCAAUUUUUCAACCUACUCCUCCUUCUUCCCAAGUUCAGCCUGCUGCUGUAGAUGAUGUAACCCAGAUUUUAUAUAUAGUUGUUCCUGUUGCAGUGGCCACUGUUAUUAUUGUGAUUGUCAUUGUGUCAGCUUGUGUUUAUGUAUAUUCUAAAAGACCUUUGCCACCAUUACAUACUUAUGGAGAUUUGCCUGCAUCAAAGAAUUUCAGCUAUAUGCACACAGCGCCACGUCAGCGAGAUAUACCAAUUACAAUAUCUGGCAACAAUGUUAUGAGGUAUGGUUCACCAUACUCUACUGUGCCUUUGACUAGACCAGAGCAGGAGGAUGAUGAACCAAUUUAUGAAUCUGUUGUUGGUGACACUUUGAGAAAAAUCAAAGAACGUUCCUUUGAUGAUGAUUUUAAAAUAAGCAAUGCUACCAUUGUUUAAAAUAUUCAGGUGCUGAUAGUUUAAUUGGGUAAUGUCUAUACUAUCUGUGAUCGUAAUAAUUUCUGUAAAGAAUUUAUUGAAAAAAUAUUUAUCAUUGUAUAUGUUUUUUUCUGAUUGUGUACAUAUAUGUUUGCAUGCAUCUGUGCUGUGAAGUAAGCAAUUCAUUCUCCUAGGUCUGCUUCAUAGAUUUAAAGAAGCUUUAUAUAUGGAUUGACAAAGGAGAAUGACCUUUUUGAAUAUGUUUACUUGCAAGAUAAAAUCAUUUUAUAGUUUUAUUCGUUUCGCCUGACCGAAAUACAAAAUAAUUUUAAAAUUUUCAGAGAAUUAAUUAAUAAAUAAUUAAAUUUAUGAAUAUUCAUAAUUAAUAUGAUUCAUAGUUUAAAUUCAGGUUUAUACUGCUUAAUAACAGUAUCUCUUAUUUACUCUUAAUAUUCUGAUUUGCUUUUCACAAAAUUUAAU